GCUGAAUUAUUUUUUCCUCACUUGCUGUCUCUGUGUAAAAACUGACAGUAGGAGAGACUGAGUGGUACAGUGGUACUUCUUGGCGCAGGUGUAGUUUUGUUCCAGGGGCGGGCAAGAUGUCGGAGGACGAUAUAACCCGCUCAGCUGUUACAAUCUCAACUGUUACAAUAGAAUAUGAAAAUCUGUGAUGCAAAAGGUGCAUGGCCUAGCCUACUCCCACGGCAUUGCGCAUGACAAGUUCAGGAGUCCCAAACCGCAGUAGAAUCUGGCGAAAUUUGUAAUGCAGAAAGUGGAACGCAGUGCGGGUCUGUCAUGCUCAUCAUGCAACACAAAAUCCAGAUUCUAUUGUAACAUUUGAGAUUGUAACGUUUGAGCGGGUCAUAGACGAAAAGCCGACUGCGGACGCCAACCCGGCCGAAGACAAGCCCUUAGAAAAGGUAUCAAAUGAAAAAAUGUCUGGGUCUGGAAGAAUGCGCGAUUUGUCAUGCUGCUUUUCCAUGACCCAUGAGGUCUGGAAUGCAGGACCUAGCAUGACAGAUUGAGACUCUGCGAGACCUUUCUAAUGCCUAUCCUGCAUGAGAAACUACCUCCCGACUUGGUCAAAAUUGGACGACUUUUGGUAAUCAUGCAGCACAGAUUUUUGCAUGCUGCAGAUUUAGCAUAACAAGUUGCAAUCUUCCAGACCCAGACACUUUUACAUUUGAUAAAAGGGCGGGGAAAACGACUGCUCCAACGGGCCGGUGAAAAACCGAGGAUGCACGGAUAUCUUCUGUCUCAUCGCCUUCGCGGCGCACUGGGUACUAAGGGAGGUGGUCACGCAUUGAUUUUCUAGGUGAACAAUUAUCAACACGCAUUUGCAAGAAGACGCUUCCAAUAUUUCCUUAUCGGGCGCCGGAAAGGCGAUGCGCAUGUGGCAUGCAUUUCAAAAAUUUACACCUCCAGGUGGUUUUCAUCAUCAUCAUGGGGAUUGCCAUCGGCGGUGACGGGGAUCCGGUCCGGUUGACUGCUCCGCGCGAUUGGAAGGGCGGUUUUUGCGGCUCGAACGGGAAUUUCAAUCCUUGGAACGCCCAAGCAGACGGGCCAGGCUGGGCGCUUGAAGGAUAUGAGAAGCAGUUUUUUGCGAUGAACGCUCAGGCCAUGAUGGACUUCGUCGGGGCGGGAAACUAUAUUUGUAACCAGGGCACAAAAAUUGCGUACGCGACCACGUACGGUAUCGCUCUGCUGCGUUAAAGAUGUCGACGACAAAGAGCGGCUUCCUCCUAUGAUUUUCUGGUGAUCAACAUCGGGAAUGAUGUGUUUAUAGAAAAUUUCUGCUGGCACACGACCAGGCAAUCUGAUAGACUUUUGCACUUAAGGUAUCCCCAGUAGCGCCGCCUACACCAGCGCUAUGGCGGAUGCAACCGCUAUGUGCGCGGGCGCGAGCGGGGACGAUCCGGCAGCCAAAAUGACCGCACUCGCAAGCGGAGAUCCGAGCAUGCUGACCAGCGGGAGCCCCAGUAUGUUGCAGCAGCUGGGAACCUUUUUUACGGCUUCUUGCGCGACUUCUUGUGAGGCCGUGACCGCGUUUGCGCUCGGGGCGAAAGCGACCGCCGGGGCAGUCGGCUCGAAUUCGACGAGCGGAGCCGCGCGAACGUACCAGUACCACCCGGCACCGACCACUUCCUGGUAAGAAAGUAGCAUGUUCUUAGAGAUAAAAUUUUUGGCGAGAGAUUUCGGACAAGCACUGCACCACGACAUGAUUCCCUUGGUCGUCCGUGGCUGCCAAGGGACCGCGAGAGGAAUGACCCCGUCCUAUAAUCGUACUUACUUCACUGCAUGCAAAGAACAAGGCGCUGCCGGUGCAUAAAAAUCCAAAUCCAACCACUCGUGGUAAUCAUGAGGUAUCCGAUUGUUGCGCGAUUGUGGGCCCAAAACGCGAUGCCCUCGGUGUUGGCGGACAUGCUGAGCUACCAGGCUUUGCCGCUUUCCGUCUGCAACGAUGCGCCGCAGUACUGCGUGCCCUACCCCGGGCUGGAAUUUUCGGCGAUCGGCAACAUGUGCGUGAUGAAGAUGGGCGCUGCGGCCGCCGCGGCACUGGGCAACGCGGCUGCGAGUGCGGCCUCCUCCAUGUCGGAAUCGUCGGCCAUGGGCGACGUCACCGCCGAUUUCGGAACCAUGAUCGGAGACAUUUCCACCGCGGCCUGGGCCUUCGUCAUAGUCGGAAUCCUUGCCCUCGUCAUCGGUACUACUUAAGCAGAUUCUGCUCCUACUCUUGUCGGUUAGAUAUGAAGAAAACGCAAUAAACAAGGUCACCGGACUGCUUCGUAGGUCAGUUUCAUGAGCCCCGUUCAGUCUAAUACGCGACCGGUACACUUGUAUUUGUUUGUGGUGCUUGUUUUUACCUUGUAGAAGUCGUGUAACAAAAUGAAUUACAACUCAUAUGGCUCCUAGGUUUCGUCUUCAUGAUCCUGCUCCGGUUCUUCGUUGCGUACAUCGUUUGGGGCGCCAUCGGAUCCGUGUUCGGCUUGCUGCUGGGGGCGGGCAUCUACGGUUUUGCGAUGCAGUCUUGCGAGGACAAAACGAUGAAUGUAGCGGCGGUUGUUACCAACGGAACCGAGACCACUCCCGCCACCACGACCACCGUCGAGGAUUGCGUGACCAAGGACGAAGCAGACCGGGAUUCGUAUUUAACCUUCUUGAUCCGAAAACGGAAAGUAAAAUAGACAAGUACAAGAACACUGGUGCUCAACAGGGUCAGUCUUGUCUUCCAGCGAAACCGACAAUCACAGAGCAGCAUGCUCUUCGUUCUGCUCGAGAAUUUUCACAAACCUGCAGGUACAAAGUGAUGUCCUACAUCUUCCUCGCGCUGGCUGCCCUGUACUUUCUAUUCGUGCUGUGCAUGUGCACGCGAAUCAAGUUGGGGAUCGCCGUCAACAAGGUCGCCGCAAAGUUCGUGUACCAGACCAAGGCCAUCAUUCUGCUGCCGCCCAUCCAGGCGGUGGUCGCGCUGCUGUGGUUUCUGGUGUGGAUGAUUGUGGCCCUGUACGUCCUCUCCAGCAUCGACAACACCGACACCUCCAAGUCCGGACCCUACACCCUCGUUGGCGCAGCGGGCACCAACGACUGCAAAUUUUGGGACUUCGGCUGCACCGACACCCCCGGCGCUUGCAACGAUGAGUGGCCCACGGGGGACUACUUCUACGACGAAGGCGUCGCGAACACCUUCAACUACGCAACCGGAGCGCGAACCCCCGUCGCGAACAGCGUUUGCUCGACCACUGUGAGCGGGGGUACCGUCACCACCACGGACAAGUGCUACCGGUGCACAACCCCGCGGUACGGCUUCGACACGAUGUUCGCCUACGUUUUCUUUUCACUCCUGUGGAACAACGCUCUGAUCGUGGCGCUCGGGCAGUGCACCAUCGCGGGAGCCGUGGCGGUCUGGUAUUUCACCCCCAACGACUCCAAAGGUUACAACGCCGCGGUCCUGCCGUCCCUCAAAAACUGCUUCCGAUACCACUUCGGUAUAAGAAUGAUGUGUCAAGAUGAAAAGGACAUGAACGCUCGGCCGGUUUUUUUCUACGCGUCAGUCUCACUGCUUGUUUCCCUAAUGUUUCCCUUCUAUUGUUAAAAAUUUCAAUUAUGAUUCGCACGUCGAGCAUGAUGCAGUGAAACUAUCCUUCGCCUGAAAACUACAAAUGCAGGCUCUUUGUGCUUCGGGGCGUUCAUUCUCGCUGUGGUGCAGUUCAUCAAGUAUGCGCUGGAGUACGUGAAGCGGAAUGCGCAGGCGCAGAAGAACUACAUCAUGAUGAAGAUUGCCGCGCUUCUGCAGUGCCUGGUGCGGUGCUUCGAGCGGUUCGUGAAGUUUCUGAACAAAAACGCCUACAUCCAGAUCGCGAUUUUGGGGAAGAACUUCUGCCGCAGCGCCUGGGCCGCGUUCUGCCUGAUCCUGCGGAACGCCGCGCGGCUGGGGAUCCUGGCCAUGAUCGGCUCCCUGGUGCGGGCCAUCGGGAUGAUUUUUAUCACGGUCUUCACAACGAUUAUCGGGUACUUCGUGCUGAAUGCCAUGUACGAGGACGACAUUUCCAGUCCGGUUAUGUGCGUGCUGCUCUUCUUCAUGAUCGGGUACGUGGUCUCCCAGCUGUUUAUGGACGUGUUUGGGCUCGCGGUCGACACCACGUUGCAGUGCUUCGUCGCCGACGAGGAGCUCAACGCCAAGGGCGGCAGCGGCGGUGCGCAGUACACCCCGGAGGAACUCAAGGGCUUCCUCAUAUGAGAGUGCACAACUCCCCCUCCCUUUCAUUUGUAUGGCACGAACAGCAACACAAACACCCGCUGAUAUGUGGCCUCCGCAUGACAAAUCUGUGCCCAGAUUGUAGUACUGUUUGAGGUGCGAAAAUUUGGCAUGCAGAUAGUGCCUAAAGGCAGGAUGUGUCAUUGGUGUUUUGCCAAUACAAACGAGGGGGAGGGGGAGUUGUGCACUUGCAUACCUGAAGGACCCCAACCAGAAGGGAAAAAUGUGCUGCUGCAAGUGA